AUGAAAGCAGAUCGCUUAAGUCAAUUUUUUACAGAAUUUACCUUAUUUAUUCGUGUUAUCGUUCCAUAUAGCUAUCUGAAAAAAAAUUCCUUAAUAUCGACUAUGAAUGAAAAAGUCAAGCCAUUCGCUUAUACAUAUGGUGAAUAUGAUGGACGACACCAAUCAACAUUAGUUAGUGAUAUGAUCGGCUGUCAAUUAGGACGUGCACGCUUAACUCUCUGGCACUAUAGGACAGGCUAUGCCUCAUCAGUUGAUAUUUGUUGGCGCCAACCUCCGGGUGAUGCUCGACCUCAAGGCAUAAAAUGUUUUCCUAUCGUCAGUGGCAAUCAUAUUCGCCAGUGGCUUUUUAGUACCAUUGAAUUACCGCCAAUUUCGACAAUUUUCGAGCUACUUAUAAGGAUUACAUUCAUCCAACCGUUUGAUAUCGUUGCAAUCGAUGAUAUUGUUUUUAACUCUACGUUGUGUGGAAUGGAUCCAAGUGAAAAAAAUACCAAAAAUCAAAUGACUACUUUAUGCAGGGAUCCUAGGGAGAAAAUAUUUUAUUCUAUGUGUGACAGGAGCAAUUUCUUCACCGAUAGUAGAACAAAGCGGGAUACAGUUGAACAUAAUCCACCGCCAAUAAUCGAUUAUGAUGACUGGACAAUAUUAAGGAUAUCAAGUCCUAACUUAAAUCGGCCAACAAUGAUCGUUGUAGCUGAGGCACCUGGUAUUAAGAGCAUUACAAACAAUUCAAAAAAUGAUUCUGGCAAGAAAAUAUCUGAAAUCUCAGAUAACAAAUAUGUUUCAAGAAAUGAAUAUUUGCCAACGGCUCAAAAAUAUUUACUAAAUUCUACUGUAAAUUCAAUAACUAUAAGCAAUAACGCGGCCAGAAUUGCUUCUUUACUUGGAGAAAAUGAUGAUCUAGAACUGACUGAAAAAAAAUCUCUGAUAUUGAGCAACUCACCAAUAAUGCCUGUAAUUUCAAAACCUAUCCGCGAUUACCGCCAGUUGUCGACUGAUGCAAAUGUGGAUGGAGCUGUAUCAGCAUUCAGUCCUUCUAAGCUUCAGCAAAACACUUUUCCCCAUCCCACAGAUCUUGUGACUAAUAUCGUUAAUAUCAUUAAUCGAAUAGCACCAGUACUACCUGCCUUUGUACAUGUUCUACGCUCAACGAAGCUCUCUAGUGAAGCUUCAACUAUGAAAUCAUUUGAAAAUCCUUUGCGAAAUCUGCUUCUUAGUUCAAAUAGAAAAUUUCAUCCAGUAGCACAUCAUUUAAAUAUUCCUUCAUAUUCUUCACGCGAUUCAAUUUUAAGCAAUGCCUUUAAUUUCGAAAAUAAUACUGAUACUGCAGUAACAGCUUCAAAAUCUAAUAAAAGUGGAGAAUAUCCGUUAAUAAAAAGCUUGAAGCUUCGGAAAUUGCAAACCAAUAGUUUUGGUAUCGAGAGAACUAUAAAGCUGCACCAGAUAACUAGAACCAACCACUUUUCUCAUCUUAGUAAUAAAGAUAUUAAAAUGCGAUAUGAAAAUAAAAAAGCAGUAUCUGAACAGCAGCAGCAAAGUGCGGCAGUAAGUAGCGAAGCUAUAACUCAUAUUCAACACUCCAAGGAUCCUGGUCCAAAAUUACAAGAACUAUUUGCAAAUAAAAUCUAUCCUAUUUCUGAAAAAUAUACGAAUAUAAAAACCUUCAACAAACCAAUUUUGCACACGAUUAAUUCUCAAGCAAUUAAUGUUCUUAGUUCUGGAGAAAUACGUAAAAUCAAAGAAAUUCAUAAAAAAUUAUUCAAUAUUCAAAAUGAAAGAAAAAAACUUCAUGAAAACCAUACUUCCCGUGUGAAAGAAGUAUUAUUAGCAAAUCAACCAAAAUUUAUAAUUGAAAAACGUGAUAUUGAUGCAUUUUUGAAUUCCGAGGAUUCUGAAAGAAUUCAGAAUGUUUUAAAUCAAUUGCCCAAAGAUGUUGUUGAAGAUCUGCAAAUGCUUAAAACAAUUCCAAAUCCAAAAGAACUACUUGAUGGAUUAGAUUUGAACCUUAUGAAUGAAAAUAAUGGAUUUGACCAGCUUAAAAAACAAAUAAUCGAUCGAUUCCUUCGACGAAAAAUAGGGCUCUAUCCUUGA